AAGCACACGCACACACACACUUGUCAUUUCGUCAAUGUUCUAUUUACACUACACACUUCCCCACACACCAUAGCGUGCCUGGUUAACUCUAUAAACGCAAGCCUCCCAGUCCCACGGGCAUUGCCGUUAGUGGUUGCAUCUCGGUUACAACACGUCCAACCAGCUGCUUAAUAAAUAAUUAAUAAACGCAAUUAUUAAUAUUUGUUAAGGACUAUAAUAACAACAAUUAUUUAACACUAUUUAAUCUUAAACAUGACCACUCCAUUGUUCAAUAAAACGAGACUCGUUACAUGGACACAAUUCUGACACAAUGGUUCAACUAUUUAUUGUGGCGAGACCAUUGGUUUUACUACAAUGAAACGAGGAGAAUCUAAUAAACCAUGUUUAAUUUUCGUGACUCUUUACGUAAACCAUCUGUUCUAUUUCGAUCACACGCGUCAUACCGUUCUGAAAGGUUCUACGCUAUUUGCGUAAACACAACGUUGAUACCAUGGAGACUGCGUAACGCUUUAAUUACCACUCACGUUUCACUCGGCGUGCUGGACCGAGUAGACUACAGCCUGUGAGGUGUAUUUGUUUACACUACAGGGAUUGAACUAUUUUUUGGUAGUAAACCGAUAAAACAAUGGAGGAGACACCCAGGGAGCGAGCUGAUAAAGAGGAAAUGGAUAUACACAUCCCCUCUUACCCCCUACCUCAAGAAAUACAGCAGAUGGAUCAAUCAGAGAAGGCCUGCCGGUACUGUGGCGUGAGUUAUUUGAUACUGCACGAGUUCCAGCGUCUGCAGGAACGUCUGCAGGAAGUGGAGAGAGAGCUGGAGAGAGCGAGAGGGAGUGUGGAGAGAGAGAGGGCUGUGAGAGAGGAGCUCCGGCAAGCCUUCGAUCAUCUGGAGGAGAUGAAAGCAGCGGUGCUUCAGCAGGAGGAAACCACAAGGGCCCUUGACCUGCAGCUGUGCGUGGUCAGGCAUGAGAUGGAGAGCGUGAGGACAGACAAAGAGAGAGUGUGUACGGAGCUGGAAAAUGAGCACGCUCGCCGCCUGCACCUGAGAUGGAGGUGUGAACAGCAGCAGCAGGUUCUCGGGGAAGCUCUGGCCCUGCUGAAGUCGUCUCGUGGGGAGAUGAUGUCCAUUAAGAGCCGCUUUACACACUUCCAGGAGAACUGGGAGGACAGCAAAGCACUGAUACAGCAGAGUUGCAUCAGUGCUGACGCCGAGUUUAAGCGCCAGCAACAGAAAGCUGAUGGUGUGGAGGCGGAGCUUAACAGGCUGCAGGGGGAGGUGCCAAAUUUGACAACGUGUCUUGAUGCAGCACAAGAACAGAUUUUGCAGUUGGACAGCCAGGUCCAGACCCAGAAGCUACUGCAGAAUGAAAACCAGGAGGCCUGGUCUCUCAUACAGGGCCUGAGGGAGGAGAUGAAGACUCUGAAUGAAGAUCUCCAGAACAACAUGCAUGAACGAGAGCAUGUAAAGGAACUCCUGGAGACAAAGUCCGCCGAGAAGGAGGAACUCCAAGAGCUGUGGAGCCAACAGGCCAGAGACCAGAAAGCCACCAUGGAGAGGCUGUCCCGAGACUUGAGGGAAAAAGAGGAGAGCUGGUUGUCAUGUCAACAGCGAUGCGAGUCCCUGAAGGAGCAGCUGUUGGCGUGGCAACAGAAAGAGGAGGAGGUGACCCGUAGACUGGAGCAGGCGGAGGCCGAGCUGAAGGACCUGAGAGUGGCCCGAUCCACUCUACAGCAGGAGAGGAAGGAGUUGAGGAGGAUUCAUGUGGGAGAACUAGAGAGAUUGGAGGAGAGCUUUAGAACAAGACUGGAAGCUGCAGAAGAACACAAUUCAAAGAUGGAGGCCUGUCUGGAGCAGAAACAAGCUGAACAGGUGAAACAGCUGAAGCAGUUAGAGAUGGAGUUAAGAAGAGAAGCAGUUAUAGAAUUGGACAUCCAAAGACAGAAAAACCAGGAGCUGCUUCAAAAAUACCAGACUGAAAACCAGCAACUACAAAAGAAGAUCCCCGCUAUUAUACAUUCAGCCACACAGGAGCUACACGAGGAGAUAGCAGUGCUGCAGGAACGCAUGGAGAAGCAGGGAGAAGCUCGUGAGAGCGCCUCCCAAAGGGAACAACAGGUACUGCAAGUGCAGAGGGAAGGAGAAGCUCAGCUACAGUCUGCCCUGCAGGACCUGCAACAGGCUCAGAAACAAUUACAACAGUUUAGAGAAGAGAAAACAGCCCUAGAGAAAGAGUAUCUUCUGGAGGAGACAGUAAGGCGGGAAUGUGAGGAACGUGAAGAACUGACCUCAGCCCUCACCCUGGCCGGAGAACAGCUUCUUGACCUCAAACAUCUGUCAAUGAAACCCCGCGACACACAGACACACACCCGACCCUCUAGAUCGACACUCGCACACCCUGACCCUCCUACCUCCAAACACACCCCCAUUCUGCUCCAUCAUCACCCACGCAACCCCAGCACCCCACCCAGUCAAGGCACCAGACGUAAGAGUUUGGGUGAGUGGCAUUCUGGCAGUGUAAGCAGAAGUCUUGCAUCCUGGCAUGAAACAUCAAGGCCGGUAUCCACCCUGCCCAAAAUCAACAAAGAUAGAAUCCAUUUAGUGAAUGACUCAUGCAAAAAUAUCACCACCUUACUUAGCAGAAGGGACAAACUCUGAUUCACCUCUUAAAAAUUCUUCUCCAAAGGACCCUCCACCCUUUGUUGUUUUUAUACUGACCUCGUGAUAUUUUCUAUCCCCCACCCUAAAUGCAUCAUUAAACCUUCACAGAAACCUUUUUGCAUUUUUACAUUUUCAAAAAAGCAUCAUAAAGUAUGUUUAUAGAUCAGUUUCUCUCAUGGGGGCCGACACAGAACAUGUCGUGAAUUGGAGCAUGUUGUGGUGCCAAAAUCUUGUAGUUCAUUUUUAAGAUAUUAUUUUUGUGAUCAAACCACACUACCAUGUGCCAAUAAAGGUGGAUUUGUAUUGUUUUACAUUACUUAGAUUGACAGGAUGGUUCAACUGGGUUUGAAUUGCUGUUAUUUAAAAAAAUCCAAGAAAAAUCUAAAAAAGGGUUUUGGGUAUGCUUGUUUUACAUUGGACAUACUCACCAUGUUAACACAAACACACCCUUUUAGAUGCACCUUUGACCCGUGGCCUUUUAUCUGUGGAUAAGCUAUGAUCUCGCUCCACACUUCCUGUCAAUCUGACCUCUCUAUUCCUCUGUGCUUUGAAGUUGGAAAGUCUUUUAAAGUAGUGCCAAGCAGCGAGACCCUUUUACUUCUUGUGGUGUACAUGUAAGUACAUGUAAAGUAUUACUGUCAGACCAAACGAAACCAAGUUUAAAUUCUGUCUUGUUUGAUCUCUAAAAUAAAAUCUGUUCAGUCAGGCCUGGCAUGGGUUUGAAAGGCCCUGACCUGCCCUAUAGUGUCCGCAGAAUGAAAAAUAUUGUAGUUUUUU